CAUCACCCAAAAACUGAUCAUAUUCAUAUUUAUACUCACCUUUCUCUCUCAUCUAAUCCAUUAGACCAUUACAAUGGCAUCCGAAUCAGACUUACCAGAGCUAGGACUCUCACAAGGAGGUCCAACAUGGAACCAUCUCACAGGGUCCAACAACUGGGAAGGUCUUCUAGACCCACUCAACGACGAUCUCCGUCGUCUGAUCCUUCGUUGUGGCGACUUCUGUCAAGUAACCUACGACACCUUCAUCAACGACCCUAACUCCGCCUACUGCGGUGCUAGUCGCUACGCUAAGUCAGACCUUUUACAGAAAACCUGUUUUCCUGGUGGUGCUGAUAAGUUUCAGGUUGUUGGGUUUUUGUAUGCCACUGCACGUGUUGGUGUGCCUGAGUCGUUUUUGCUGAAGUCGAGAUCACGUGAGAAGUGGGAUAGGGAGUCGAAUUGGAUCGGAUACGUCGUCGUAUCGAAUGAUGAGGUGAGUAAGGAGAGUGGAAGGAGAGAGAUUUAUGUGGCGUGGAGAGGGACAAUUAGAGAUUAUGAGUGGGUUGAUGUUCUCGGUGCUAAACUUCAGUCUGCUAAACCUUUGCUCAGUGAUCAAGAUGAUGAUGCUCCUGCUGAAGACUUACCAUCCAAAUUAGUGGAUUCAACGGAAACAACAAAAAACGAGGGUACAGGAACAGUUUUUCCUUCAUGGAUCUUGUCAUGUUGUCAACCAACUUCUAAGAAAAAUCCAGACAAUGCUGAUAACGAAGACGAUGAUGAUGACGAUGAACCAAAAAUCAUGGAAGGUUGGCUUACAAUAUACACAUCCGAGGAUCCAAAAUCUCCCUUUACAAAACUAAGUGCAAGGACACAACUUUUGACUAAGCUUAAACAACUUAUUGAUCAGUACAAAGAUGAAGAUAUUAGCAUUACAUUCGCCGGCCAUAGUUUAGGUGCAACACUAUCAGUCGUAAGUGCUUUCGAUGUCGUUGAGAAUCUAACCAUGGAGAUCCCGAUUUCGGCUAUUGUUUUCGGAUGUCCAAAAGUUGGUAACAAGGCCUUCAAGAAAAGAUUUGAUUCAUACCCUAAUCUUAAGGUCCUUCAUGUUAGAAAUAUGAUCGAUUUGAUUCCUCUUUAUCCUUUCAAACUUUUGGGGUACGUAAAUAUAGGUAUUGACCUAGAGAUUGAUACGAGGAAAUCGAGUUUUCUUAAAGACUCGAAAAAUCCUAGUGAUUGGCAUAACUUGCAAGCUAUGUUACAUGCUGUGAAUGGUUGGAAAGGAGUUAAGGAAGAGUUUAAGCUCGUAAUUAAGCGAAGUAUUGCAUUAGUGAAUAAAUCAUGUGAUUUUCUUAAGGAGGAAUGUUUAGUGCCUCCAUCUUGGUGGGUUGAAAAAAACAAAGGCAUGGUAUUGAAUGAGGAUGGAGAUUGGGUUUUGGCUAGUCCAGAGGAAGUUCCAACUCCAGAAUUUGAUUAAGUACAUUAGUUUUGCUUGAUGAUUAAUUAAUUUUUAGAAUUGAGUAGUGUACGUUUUUAAUUUUUUUGAUAUUUGGAUGCUUGCAUAACAUUCAUUUUAUUUGGUUUUUUUUCUUUUAUUGUAACUAGAACUAUUUGCAUGUAAUUUGUGUUUUAAAUUUCUACUCGUCUGUACCAACUACCUUAAAAGAGUCGUUAAAAUUAAAUUUAGGGCAAUUUAGAUAUCUUAAAUGGAUACCAUGAUCUCACCUCUUGACUUUAUAUCGUUUUCAAAUAUAUCGUAUAUUUAAGUGUUAUGUACUAAUCUCAAGUCAAGAGGU